UUUAAAACGAGACGCUUGUGUUUGAAGCCUCAGAGAAAAAAUCACGAACUACAGUCGGGAGGAAAGAGCUCCGUCCUGCUGAUGGAUGAGACGGUGAAGCCUGUGAGGAUUCCUCCUCAGAUGUUCGUCUACGCCGACAAACACAACGUGACACACCUGGUGCAGACUCUGGUGUCCGACCUGCUGAUCGAUCAGCCUGAUGAUCCGAUCUCCUUCCUGAUCGAUCGGCUGCAGAGGACCAGCGUGGAGGUUCCCAGGGUUCUGCUCUUCGGGCCGCCUGCUGUCGGUAAAACCACUGUGGCUACGCGGCUGAGUGCUGAGCUGAGAGCUGUUCAUGUAGCCGCUGACCAAUCAGAGCUGAGCUCACGGACCGAGCAGGAGGUCAAUAAGGAGGUUCACACAUUCAUCAAGGGGCCUAUCGAUGCUGUUCAUGAGGUUUUUCAUGUUCUUGAGGAAGUUCUAGUCACAGAGGAGGUUCCAGCGACUCCAGAGGUUCAUUCUUUGAGUGGUUCUAGUGGCUUCAGAACCAGAACUAGCUGCUGUUCACAUGAUCUGAGGUGUGUGUGUGUGUGUGUGUUCCAGGGCUGGGUGCUGGUCGGGUUCCCUCGGACUCGUCUGCAGGCUCUCAGUCUGCAGCAGCUCGGCGUUCUACCAGAACACGUUGUGCUGCUGACGGCUCCGGAUGAAGUUCUGCUGCAGCGGUUUCAGGGCCGACAGGUGGACCCUCUGACUGGAGACGUCUACCAUCACACCUUCAUCAGACCUGUCGAUGAUGUCGUUGCUCGCCGCCUGGAGGAGGGGCGGGGCCUGUCAGAGGAGCAGCGACUAGCUGAGCUGCAGUGUUUCCGCCGUGAGGUCACAGGCAUAAGCUCCGCCUACCAGCACGUCCUGAAGGUCGUCAACGGCGACCAACCACACGCUGACGUCUACCAGCAGGUGUUGGACUUCGUUCAGACCCAGCGCCGCUCCAGAACCCCCAGAAUCCUCCUGCUGGGUCCUCCAGGUUCUGGGAAGAGUCACCAGGCCCGACUGCUGUCACACAAAUACAAGAUGGUGGACGUGUGCUGUGGGUGCCUGCUGAGGUCCGUAGCAGCCGACGGGUCCGCUGUGGGACAACAGAUCCAGCCGUACCUGGAUGAUGGUCGUCCAGUUGCAGACUCGCUGGUUCUGCAGGUUCUUCAGGAACGUCUGAGCCGGAUGGACUGCACCUAUAGAGGCUGGAUCGUGCACGGGUUCCCCUGGGACCUGCAGCAGGCCAAGAACCUGCAGGAGUCGCAGCACCAGCCCAACAGAGUUUUCUUCCUGGAGUUGACAGAUGACGUUUGUUUGGAGAGAAUCACUCUGAGAGCAACAGACCCAGUCAGUGGACAGAGGUUCCACACUGUGACUCGACCCGCUCCGAACUCUGAGGUCCAGAACCGACUGCAGACCAGACCUGAAGACAAAACCCACACUGUAGCACACAGUCUGAAACAGUACAGGAACCACAGUGCUGCCCUGCAGUCUGUGUAUCCAGAUGCCGUUCAUAUAGAUGCUGAUCAAGAUCCUCACUCUGUGUUUGAGGCUGUGGAGAGCAAACUGACAGCCAACUGACUCACCUGGACUCACCUGGACUCACCUGGACUCACCUGGACAGCGUGAAGCCUCCAUUUUAUCCUCAAUGUUCUUGGAUUGUUUUGGAAAAAAGACACAUAUUUUCUUUUUUUGUGUCUUUUUGUGGAGGUUUUGUGUUUCUGUUGUCAGUAAACUAUUGAUGUUAAAGAGA